CUAUACCUCCACCGACGCGGGGGUCACCUGGACGGAGCAAACAAACGCUAGUUCCAGUAGUUGGCAGGCCAUCGCGUCCUCAUCGAAUGGCAUCAACCUUGCCGCCGUGGUCAAUCCGGACUACAUCUAUACCUCCACCGACGCGGGCGUCACCUGGACGGAGCAAACCAUCAUUGGUUUCCGUGACUAUUACUCGAUCACGUCCUCGUCGGAUGGCAUGAACCUUGCCGGUGUGGUGUAUGGGGGCCCACUCGGGACGUCGACCGACGGGGGCGUCGACUGGACGCCGCAAUCCGCCGCUGGGGCCCGUAACUGGACCUCGAUCGCGUCGUCAUCCGAUGGCAUGAAACUUGCCGCCGUGGUGGAUAAUGGCUUCAUCUAUACAUCAACCGACGCGGGGGUCACCUGGACGGAGCAAACAGGCGCUGGUUCACGCACCUGGUGGUCGAUAGCGUCCUCGUCAGAUGGCGCGAACCUUGCCGCUGCGGUGGCACAAGGCUCCAUCUGGACCUUCGGGUAG